AUGUCGAACGGGAUUCCGGUCCGGGACAAGCUUCUGGCGGGCAUCGCCUUCAACCUUGCUGGAGGUCGACAGAUGAUGCAGCAGCAGCAGUACCCGCGCAUGGAAGAGGCGCCUCACAACCAGUACCAGAUGUAUGGCCCGGUGGCCAGCUUGCAGCAGUCCCUCAACGAGGCGUUCCGCGUGCAUCCGGACUUCCUCAAGCAGUCGGAACUUGCUCCAGGCGAAGAGACCACAAUCACCCUGACAGAGGACGUUGAGGCCGACCUCCUGGAGAUGACCCUGGCUCAGCGGAAGAAGAUCUUGUCAGAGCAUUUCAGCCAGAGACUGGACCAGAGAGAGAACACGAGUCGGCGGCUGCAGGCCAUCACGGGAAUGUACAACGACACCAUCUUUGCACCUGACGUCGAGAACCCUGACGGGCAAGGUUCAAGUGAAAGGUUGCGCCUGUUUCUGCGCUCUGCAUGCCGCGAGAACGGCUACCGAAAGCUCGAGCUGGACCUUUGUGGCUUUUUCACCAUCUCUGUCGACCACGACAUACGCGGCGAGCCCCUCGGCUCGGUCCCCCCUGAGCCCGACGUGGAUGGGGCAGGCAAUCCGUGUCUGAGGUCAGAGGGCGGAAGCCUGACGCUGUUUGAGGCGGACGCGCGUGACCGAUCCGACCGAACCACCACCUGGCAGUGGUGGAAAUUCUGCAAGCCUUUGGGGAGCUUUGAGCCGGAUGACCGCCACCAUCUCGCGCCCGACGUCGCCGAAGAGGAAGAAGCAACGGCAGAGGGGGAAGCUUGGAUCAUCAUGGCGAUCCCAAAGACUCAGAUCGAGGUUCUGGAAGAGUCCUGGAUGAAGGACGCCGACCCCGGCUCCCGGACCACCGGCGACUACCUGCUGUCGUGCGCGAUCCCCUGGAAGAUGCGCAGCGAGGACAAGGCCAUCACCCAGAGGAGGAAGAGGGUGGCGUACCGGUACAGCCGGGAUGGCUUCCCGGCGCUGGCCACGUCGAAGAAGACGGGCGAUAUCAACGACGUGUGGUCGGGGUUCCGGGACACGGAGGUUGACAGCAUAGCGUGGAUGUUUACGGAGAGACAGAUGGCGAUGAAUUCUUGUCUCGUGCAUGGGCUUUCGGCGGUCGAUGCUGACUGGGUGCAUGUGCCGCCCCAGGUGUCGGAAGAGGAGAAGCCGCAGCAGCGGCAGCAAGAAGAGCAGCAGCAGGAGGAGGGGGAGGAGCAGCAGCAGCUGGGAGAGCCUAGGAAGAGGCGGGCAGAGGGGACGCAGAGGCCUCGGGGGGCGAAGAGGGCGGGUGGCGAGCGGAAGCCAUCGGGACUGAGGAACGAGGUGCAUGAAGAGGACAUCUAG